AUGGCAGGAAUAAAGAGAAAGCACGACGACGGGAUGGCUGAGGAUAAAACCUCCUCUUCUGAGACCAAGUCGCCGUUUCUCCCCGUAUUUGAAGGGUUCCGGGCACAACUAGACGAGCAUCACGACCGGAGAGAAAGAAUCAUCAAAGUGUCAAGGGAUGUGACUGCUCAGAGUAAGAAGAUCAUAUUCGCGGUACAAAGAGUUCGUGAACUUGGCAAACCCAUACACCCGUCAAUUUCCAAGCAAACGACGCCCAUGUACACCACGAUCCGUGACCUGCUACAGAGCAUUGUCCCGGACUUACAAGGCAUCAACGCGUAUCGCUACCGCAGCAACAUUACCGGCGGCAUCCAGGAGUUCAUGGAAGCAGUCGUUUUCCAACAUUACCUGGAGACUCAACACAUCAUGAAAUUCGAGGAGGCACAGGCACAGCUUCCAGAAGGUAUCUCACUCACUUAUGAUGACUUUGCGCUCGGCUUGUUCGACAUGACGGGUGAACUGAUGCGGUUCGCCAUUACAUACAUGGCCACAAACGGGCAGUUGCCUGGAGGAUCAAGAGGAGCGCAAUCGUCUCAGAAGUCCUCGAUCUUGACGGAUAUGCAGGAUCUGCGUGCGGCGUUUGAAGGGCUAGAUGCGGGUAAAGUUAGCAGCCUCUCGAGGGAUUUUGAGAAUAAGCUCAAGACGACGAGGCAAUCCGUGGAGAAGGUCGAGAAUGGGGUGUACCAGAUGAUUGUAAGAGGCAAGGAGAGACCCAAGGGUUGGAAACCAGAUACUUCGUCGGAGGAUACAGGACGGGGGAGUGGAGAAGCAGUUGAGAGCUAUUGA